CCUAAUUUCGACAAAACAAAGAAAAAAAAAAACUCAAGAAGCUUAACAAAUCGACGACACACACAAGAUUAUAAAAUUCAACCUCUAAGAUACCACUUAUACAUUUUUACACAGUCUUUUCUCGCAGUAAAUAAAUGCCUCUACUGUAAAAGCUGAUGCAUGUAUAGUUAAGGGUGGUCGUAGGUAUUGAAGACUAUAAUACUUGUGAAGUUCUAACGCACUAUAAGGAGCCAAUACAUUUCAGUUGUUGAAAAGAAGACGCCAGCUCAGGUAGUUGAGCUCGUAGCUAAGCAAUAGCCGCAGCCGUCCGAAGUGUAGUGUUUGUUGGACACAAUCUAUUUUAUUCUAAUCGCCUUUGGAGUGUUAAGAAGUGAUUAUCUAAGCAAUUAUGGCACAAUUAAGACCGUUAAUUCCAAAACUUCAAGAGCGUGCAGUGGCGGAGUUAAAUGAGGUGCCCGAGCGCCUUGACGAUGAUAUUAAACAGCUUAGAGAAUGGGUUGAGAAACAACCACAUUUACAAUCUAGAACUUCUGAUCAAUUUUUGGUUGCAUUUUUGAGAGGUUGUAAGUUUAACAUGGAAAAGGCUAAGCACAAAUUAGAUCAAUACUACACUUUGCAAGCUGGUAUUCCAGAAGUCUUCAAUAAUCGUUCAGUUGAUGAUGAACUUUCAUUGGAAAUUAUUAGAAUGGGAGUGAUUCUGCGACUUCCACGUCUUGAAGACGAUGAAGGCCCCUGUAUUAACAUAAUUCGUGCCACAAUUUACGACACGGAUAAGUUCAAGUUUGCCGAUAUUAUUCGAGUUGGUAUAAUGUUUGGAGAAAUUAUGAUGCUCGAGGACGAUAAUUCGGUCAUAAGUGGUUAUGUCGAAGUGAUGGAUAUGGAAGAUGUUGGAGCCAAUCAUUUGUUUCAACUUCAUCCCAGUUUGUUGAGAAAGCUUUCGGUUUUCGCUGACGAGGCUAGUCCAAUGAGACAGAAGGGAACACAUUUUAUCAAUGUUCCACCAGCAUUCGAAAUGGGAUUUAGGGGAAUUAAGUCUUUCUUCCCCGAAAAAGCUACGAAACGUAUUCAUUUACAUGCAACUGGAAGUGAAACACUCUACGAACACAUCCCGAAAAAAUAUCUCCCCGUUGAAUAUGGUGGAGAAAAUGGAACUAUUCCCGAAAUUGUAGCUUCAAUGGAAGCAAAAUUCCUCAGCUAUCGAGACUAUUUCAAAGAGAGUGCUAAAUUCGGAGUAACAGAAGAGCUGAGAAAGGCUGAAAAAGCAAUUGAUUAUAAUAGUAUUUUCGGUAUUGAUGGAUCAUUUAAGAAAUUAACAAUCGAUUAGUGCGUAAAGAACCUUGAUUUGACUGAUUAGGAUUUAUCGUGUUGAGAUUAAAAGAUGGUGUGUAGUAGUGGUGUGUGGUUGGCAA